AUGAGGUCUUCGCUUUACGCAGCGCUUGCUGCGGUGGCUGCCACCAAAGUGGCUGCGCACUCUCUCUUCCAGGCUCUUUGGGUCGACGGGCACGGCGCCCAAUGUGUUCGUAUGCCUGGGUCUAACAGUCCUGUCACCAACGUCAACAGCAACGACAUUCGAUGCAAUGUGGGUGGUACCAGAGGUGUCUCAGGCAAGUGCGCCGUGAAGGCUGGUUCCAUCGUGACAGUUGAAAUGCACGCGCAACCUGGUGACCGAAGCUGUGGAAGCGAGGCGAUUGGCGGAGCCCAUUAUGGCCCGGUGAACGUAUAUCUCAGCCAGGUUCCCGACGCUUCGUCAGCCGACGGAUCGACCCCAUGGUACAAGAUCUUCGCAGAUUCAUGGUCGGCCAAAGGCUCGGUCGGCGACGCUGAUAACUGGGGUACAAAUGACCUCAACUCAUGUUGUGGAAAAAUGGAUGUCCCGAUCCCAGCUGAUACACCUGAUGGUGAUUAUUUACUUCGUGCUGAAGUCAUUGCUCUGCACACGGCAUCGUCAGCAGGUGGCGCACAAUUCUACGUAAGUGGUGAUGAUCCUAUCAUUUCGACUCGAAAAAGGAUGAUGUCGUGCUACCAGCUCAGCGUCACUGGCGGCUCGGCCAAGGCUGCUGCCCUGCCGGCUGGCGUUAGUAUUCCCGGCGCCUUCAAGAGCAGCGACCCCGGCAUCCAAAUCAACAUCCAUAGCAAGAUAAGCAGCUACGUGAACCCGGGUCCGGCCGUCAUCGCCAGCGGUACCACGAAGCAGGCCGGCUCAGGCUGCUCGGCUGGUUGCGCGAAGACUUGCGCUGUUGGUUCCGGACCCGUGGGGACGGCUAUUGGAUCUGCCCCCAAGCCUACCUCGGGCGCUGGUGGGGGUCAAUCCGGAUGCGCGCAGGCUAGAUACCAACAGUGUGGUGGUCAAGGGUACACGGGAUGCACGACAUGUGCUGACGGCCUUACUUGCAAGGAGGUCUCCGCGCCAUACUAUUCCCAGUGUGCUUAA